UGUGCUAUACCGGAAGCUGGCCUUCCGCCAUCUUGGUGGAGGCGGAGAAGUGUGGCUAUAAAAAGAAGGAGAUAACCGGUGUUAAAGAUGGAGAGUGCUGGUGUACGUGUUCAUUGAUGGAUCUGCACUUCUUCCCGGGACUGGACAGUGGUGAUGGGGCAGGACUUUUUUCAGGGGAGGAGGGCCCCUCCACUGCUCUUGGCUCCCAGCAUGUGUAUGGGAUGUAUGGCCGCAACAAGUUUCCGGGGGGGAGUGAUAGUUACCUGACCAUCACCGGCUCAGGACACCCGUUCCUAACUGGGACGGAGACAUUUCAUACACCAAGCCUAGGGGAUGAGGAAUUUGAGAUUCCUCCCAUAUCUUUAGAUUCUGACCCGUCCCUGGCAGUCACUGAUGUAGUUGGACACUUUGAUGACCUUGGGGAUCCUACAGCUGUUCAAGAAGGAGCAUUUGCAGCACAGUAUGGCGUGCAGACAUUAGAUAUGCCAGUGGAAAUGUCCCACGAAGUGAUAGAACAGACUGGUGGACUGCUUGGAUCCGGACUAACCAUGGAUUUGGAUCAUCCCAUUGUUACCACUUACAGUGCCAACCCACCGGUUACCAUUGAUGUUACAAUGACAGACAUAUCAUCUGGUCUUCUGGCUCACAGUCAGUUAACAACCAUUGACCAAUCGGAGCUAAGCAGCCAACUUGGUUUGAGCCUUGGUGGUGGUACUAUUUUGCCUCCGGUCCAGUCUCCCGAGGAUCACCUGUCACCUACUCCCUCACCAACAAGCUCUCUGCAUGAUGAAGACAUGGAAGACUUCAGGAGGAUAACUGCUCCUAAGAAUGUUGUUGUAGAACAAACCAAGAAACAGAAAGCCUCUAAGAAAAGGAAGAAGAAAGAUCCCAAUGAGCCUCAAAAACCUCUUUCUGCAUAUGCACUAUUUUUUCGUGACACGCAGGCUGCCAUCAAAGGACAAAACCCUAAUGCCACAUUUGGGGAGGUGUCUAAAAUUGUGGCCUCCAUGUGGGACAGCCUCGGAGAGGAACAGAAGCAGGUUUAUAAAAGAAAGACAGAAGCAGCCAAAAAGGAUUAUCUUAAGGCUUUGGCAUUGUACAAGGAAAAUCAGAUGUCACAGGUUCUUGUGGAGACUCUGGAUUUGGAUCCUCCUGGUGCACCAGCUGUACUGCCUGAAUCACCGGUUCAUUCUCCCUCUAUCGUAACUGCAGCCAGUAUACCCCAGAGUGCUUCUUCGCCUUCUACCCCAUCAGUUAAUCAAGUACCAACACCACCUCCUGCACCCACUCCCCCACAAGCCAUUGCUCCCCAGCCAAGCAUUGCUAAAAUAAUAAUCUCCAAACAGAUGCUCCAGGCGGGGCAGAUCCCCACAUCUAUUGCUAUGUCUCAGGGCAUGGUGACAGUAAUUCCAGCUACUGUGGUAACUUCUCGUGGCCUACCCCUCCACCAGUUGCAGCCCAGCCCUCAGACACGAGUCACACGAUCAGUACUACAGGCAGCGAUGCAGAUGCCUCCACGCUUACAGCCUCCACCACUACAACAGAUGCAACAACCACCACGUCUACAACAGAUGGCACCUGCUCACCAGCCUACAAUCACUAUCCUGCAGCCCCCUCCACCUCUCCAGCCAAUGCAGAAAGUGAGACUCAGUGUUCAGCCUCCCCCAUUGCAGAUCAAAAUUAUACCCCCUCCUUUGCAGCCCCAACCACAGACUGUACAAGUUCAAGCACAAACCAUCCCAAUCAUCAGUGUACCCUGUUCACCAGAAGUUCUUGCCUCACCUGAACAUGUGGAAGUAUUGACGGAAGUGGUGCAAGAGGAGUCUUCUCCGCCACAAAUGGAUGUUCAGCUGGUAAGUGGCUCUCCACCCCGCAGCCCAUCUCCCCAGCCUCGGUGUGUGCGUUCUGGAUGUGAGAAUUCCCCUGUGGAAAGCAAAGAUUGGGACAAUGAGUACUGUAGCAAUGAAUGUGUGGUCAAACACUGCAGAGACGCCUUCAUGGCUUGGGUUGCCGCACGAAAUCAAGGGACACUUGCAACUGUAAAAUAACCCUUGAUCCCUUACACAUCGGUUCAUGUUGGAUCUUAAGGAAAAUAACAUACAACUCCAAUGGAUCAAGCCAAUAUCCAAGAGAUGCAUUUUUACUGACUAUUAUGUACAUAUUAUUAUGCGAAAAAGACUGAAGACUAUAAUGGAUGGGAAUACUUUACCUACUUCCAUGCUUUGGGGCCAAUCACAUGUUCUUGAAGAAAUGGUGGAUACAACCAGCCUUUAUGUCUUUGCAGGAAACAAUUUCUCUUUCCUGCUUCUAAGAAACUUAUUUCCCCUAAACAGAUGGAGUUUGUCUGGAGGCUCUAUAAGCUUUCUGUGCAAAAAUCAAGGGCAGAGGAUAUUCCCUUCAACACUAAGUGCAGUCCUGU